CUUUACACGCCGCGAGGUGGCGCUCUAGAGCAGCGUCCGGCCGCGCACCUCGCGCAUGAUUGAUCGUUUCCAGCUCAGCCAGUCCUCGCGCUGCUCAAACCGAGGUUGCUCGCGUUCUGAACGCCGACACGCAUUCCACUCGCGCUACGGAACGGGAUAUUUCGGCGAGUUUGGGAAUUUAACUAUGACUAGGACAUGCCAUCCAAGGAUCACUCGAACGUGAGCCCAGGACGAGGAAUUGAGGUGGAUGUUGAAGUGGAUGACCGUUGUGUGAGAAGGCAAAGAACCGUUCAAUCAAUAAAGCCUGUGCUGAGUCCCUUUCUUGUUUGCUGAGUUUGUUUAAAAGUCCCCGAUUGAAGACGAAGCGUGGACCACCAUAUUCUUCACUUGUGAGGACCAGGGCAGAAAUGUGGCCUCAGCAGGGGCCACAAUGCUUUAUUAGCCCAAGGACUGUGGUGCUUUUUGGGCUGCUGACUAUCUGCAUAUUCCCUCACCUUUCUGAAGGAUCCCCAGAGCCAUUUAGGUCCUUCUUGCCUCCUGACUGGGGUCUAACGCAUUUAGCCAUCCAUAACAAGACAGGGGAUGUGUACGUUGGUGCGGUAAACUGGAUCUACAAGCUUUCUAGCAACUUGACCAAGUUGAGGAGUCAUAUGACGGGUCCUGUAGUGGACAACGAGAAAUGCUAUCCACCUCCAGGUGUACAGUUAUGCCCCCAUGACCUUGCCCCAAAUAGUAAUGUGAACAAGCUGCUGCUAAUAGACUAUGCCCAAAACCGACUCAUUGCUUGUGGUAGCACCUCGCAAGGCAUCUGUCAGUUUCUACGCCUGGAUGAUCUUUUCAAGCUUGGCGAGCCACAGCACCGUAAGGAACACUAUCUCUCCAGCGUCGUCGAGUCAGGAACCAUGUCCGGAGUCAUCAUCUCUGAGGGUCAUAUCAGCAAGCUUUUCAUUGGAACUCCCAUCGAUGGAAAAUCAGAGUACUUCCCAACUCUUUCGAGCCGUAAGUUGAUGGUCAAUGAGGAAGAUGCUGACAUGUUCAGCUUUGUCCACCAAGACGAGUUUGUCUCCUCCCAGCUGAAGAUCCCCUCGGAUACGCUGUCCAAAUUCCCGACGUUUGACAUCUACUACAUAUACAGCUUUAGCAGUGAACAGUUUGUCUACUACUUGACCUUGCAGUUGGAUACCCAACUUACUUCUCCUGAUGCCAGUGGGGAACAGUUCUUCACCUCUAAGAUCGUGCGACUCUGUAUCGAUGAUCCCAGGUUCUACUCCUACGUGGAGUUCCCAAUCGGAUGCACCAAAGAUGGCGUAGAGUACCGACUGAUCCAGGACGCCUACUUGGCCAAACCUGGAAGGCAACUUGCAAACUCUUUGGGCAUAUCCGAGCAAGAGGACAUAUUGUUUACGGUCUUCUCCCAAGGCCAGAAGAACCGGGCCAAACCCCCAAAAGAGUCAGCACUCUGCCUGUUCACGCUAACGAGAAUAAAGGAGAAGAUAAAGGAAAGGAUUCAGUCGUGCUAUAGAGGAGAGGGCAGGCUGUCUUUGCCCUGGCUACUCAACAAGGAGCUACCAUGCAUCAACUCGCCUCUCCAGAUCGACGAUAACUUCUGUGGGCAGGAUUUUAACCAGCCUCUAGGGGGCACCAGCACUAUCGAGGGCAUUCCGCUCUUCAUAGACAAAGAUGACGGAAUGACUUCGGUAGCUGCUUACGAUUACCGUGGCAACACAGUGGUUUUCGCAGGAACACACAACGGCCGAAUGAAGAAGAUUCUGAUUAAUUCGGUGAGUCCGUCCAGGCCGGCGCUGCUGUACGAGAGCGUCCCGGUGAGCGAGGGCAGUCCGGUGCUGCGGGACACGCUGUUCAGCCCAGACCUGCAGUUCAUCUACACACUCACCGACAGACAGGUGAGCUCACUGACUUUUACAACAUUAAAAAUGAUGAUUUUCAACACGAUGAAUUAUGGGGACGUGGGCCAAGCUUUUUCACUUUGUCUGUUUUCUCCAUUGAUCUGGCAGCUGGUCCUGCAGGCCCGCAACGUCCCGGAUCUUUCCGCAGGGGUGGACUGUUCCUUUGAGGAUUACACCGAGACUGAAGGAACAAUACACGGAUCACGGAUCUACUGCCUCUCGCCGUCAGCCAAAGAGCUCAUCCCCAUCACACGCCAGCAGAGAGACACUCAUGUGGUGAAGCUCUAUCUGAAAUCGAGGGAAACGGGGCAGAAAUUUGCCAGUGUGGAUUUCACCUUCUACAACUGCAGCAUCCACAGAUCGUGCUUGUCCUGUGUGAACGGCUCGUUCCCGUGUCACUGGUGUAAAUACAGACACUUGUGCACACAGAACGCCAACGACUGCUCCUUCCAGGAGGGACGCGUGAACAUGUCAGAGGACUGUCCUCAGAUUCUGCCGUCGACUCAGAUCUUCAUCCCCGUCGGCGUCCCGAAGCCCAUCACGCUGUCGGCACACAACCUUCCACAGCCUCAGUCCGGUCAGAGGAACUACGAGUGCAUCUUCCACAUCCAGGGCGAGAUGCAGAGCGUGACGGCGCUGCGCUUCAACAGCUCCAGCAUCCAGUGCCAGAAAACCACCUAUAACUAUGAAGGAAGUGACAUCAGCGAUCUUCCCGUUGAUCUGUCUGUGGUGUGGAACGGAAACUUCAUCAUUGACAACCCUCACAACAUCCAAGCGCACCUGUAUAAGUGUUAUGCGUUGCGGGAGAGCUGUGGUUUGUGUCUGAAGACCGACCCCAGCUUCGAGUGCGGCUGGUGUGUUCAGGACAGGAAGUGCUCUCUGCGGCAGGAAUGCGCUCCGCAGGAACACACCUGGAUGCACGCGAGCGCCGGAAACAGCCGCUGCACGCACCCGCGCAUCACCAGGUUGUUUCCUGAGACCGGCCCGCGGCAGGGAGGAACCAGACUGACCAUCAGCGGAGAGAAUCUGGGCCUUCAGUUCAAAGACAUCCAGAACGGAGUGCGGAUCGGGAAAGUGGCCUGUCAGCCCAUCGAGGAGGAAUACAUCAGCGCUGAACAGAUCGUGUGUCGAUUGGCCGACGCCACAGGUUACCGUGUUCAGGAAGCUCAGGUGGAGGUGUGUGUGCGAGACUGUCUGCCGGAGUACAGGGCCGUGUCUCCCAAAGCCUUCACGUUUGUGUCGCCGUACUUCACACGCGUGCUGCCGUCAUACGGGCCCAUUUCCGGAGGAACGAGGAUCAGUAUUCAAGGCAGCCAUCUGAACUCGGGCAGCGCCGUCUCCAUCAAGAUCGGACUCAACACCUGCCGCUUCGAGAGGCGAAGCGCCCGUGAGAUCGUGUGUGUGACUCCUGCGGGUUUGGGUUCAGGAGGGACCCCAGUGAUGGUGGACAUAAACGCAGCCGAGCUCAGAAACCCGGAGGUCAAGUUCAACUACACAGACGACCCCAGCAUCCUGAAGAUAGAGCCGGACUGGAGCAUCGCCAGUGGAGGAACCCCGUUAACAGCGAUCGGCAGCAACCUGGCCACCGUCAGAGAGCCGAAGAUGAGAGCCAAAUACGGCAGCGUCACUUCAGUCAACAACUGCACUGUGCUCAAUAACACCGUGAUGGUGUGUCUGGUGCCAUCCGUGGCGGGGUCCGAGAGGGGUUUCUCAGAGGCGGGCAGCGGGCCGGAUGAGAUCGGGUUCAUCAUGGAUAACGUUCAGACGCUGCUGGUGGUGAACGAGACCUUCAGUUUCUAUCCCGACCCUGUGUUUGAACCCUUCGCUCCGUCCAUGCUGGAGCUCAAACCGGGAUCUACUCUCAUCCUGAAGGGCAAGAAUCUGAUUCCUUCGGCUGCUGGUAACUCCAGGUUAAACUACACUGUUCUGAUCGGUGACGAGCCGUGUGUGUUAACCGUGUCCGAGGCUCAGCUGAUGUGUGAAUCUCCAGACCUCUCCGGACAACAUAAAGUCACUCCCAUGUUUCUCAGCAUCAGAUUACAGCUGGGAGUUUCUGUCGUGGCUCUCGGGGGUUUUGUGUUUGAACGCCCGUCUCAUUCCCGCCGCGGUCACGAGGGCGAGACGAGUCGCCCAUUAUCUGUCUCUGUCGGGCCUGAGGUGACGACCUUGUCUGUCUCCAGACACGGAGCGAGGGAUGAGGACAGGGAAGAGAGGAUAAAAGAGAUGGAUAGCAGGAGAACCUUUUGUGGAGAAUCUGGAGAUCUUAGCUUCCACUCAGAGGUUCAAAAGGUUUACCAUGUCUUUUCCCCUUUGUUUCCAGCGUUUGCGGAGCUGCAGACUGAUAUCCAUGAGCUGACUCAGGAUCUGGAUGGAGCUGGAAUCCCGUUCCUGGAUUACUGUACUUACGCCAUGAGAGUGCUUUUCCCGGGAAUAGAGGACCAUCCGGUGCUGAAGGAGAUGGAGGUCCCAGCGAACAUGGAGAAGGCUCUGACUCUGUUCGGCCAGCUCUUGAAUAAGAAGCACUUUCUGCUGACGUUCAUCCGGACGCUAGAGGCCCAGCGCUCGUUCUCCAUGCGUGACCGCGGGAACGUGGCGUCCCUCAUCAUGAGCGCCCUGCAGGGCGAGAUGGAGUACGCCACCGGUGUCCUGAAACAGCUCCUGUCUGACCUCAUCGACAAGAACCUGGAGAGCAAGAACCACCCCAAACUCCUGCUGCGAAGGACGGAAUCUGUGGCUGAGAAGAUGCUAACAAACUGGUUUACUUUCCUCCUCUACAAGUUUCUUAAGGAGUGUGCAGGUGAGCCUCUCUUCAUGCUGUAUUGUGCUAUAAAGCAGCAGAUGGAAAAAGGGCCGAUAGACGCCAUCACCGGAGAGGCCAGAUACUCGCUCAGCGAGGACAAACUCAUCCGACAACAGAUCGACUACAAAACACUGACGCUGCACUGCAUUAACCCAGAGAAUGAGAACGCAGCCGAGGUCACCGUCAAGUGCCUGAACUGCGACACCAUCACGCAGGUCAAAGAGAAGCUGCUGGACGCCGUCUUUAAAGGCACUCCGAACUCGCAGCGGCCCAAAGUCGGAGACAUGGACCUCGAGUGGCGUCAGGGUCGCAUGGCUCGUAUCAUUCUCCAGGACGAGGACGUCACCACUAAGAUCGACAACGACUGGAAGCGUCUCAACACACUGGCACACUAUCAGGUAACAGACGGGUCAGCGAUCGCAUUGGUUCCCAAGCAGAACUCCGCCUACAACAUCUCCAACUCCUCAACGUUCACCAAAUCCCUGAGCAGAUACGAGAGCAUGCUGAGAACGGCCAGCAGUCCAGACAGCCUUCGCUCGCGGACGCCCAUGAUCACGCCAGACCUGGAGAGCGGCACCAAACUCUGGCACCUGGUGAAGAACCAUGACCAUCCGGACCAGAGGGAGGGCGACCGCGGCAGCAAGAUGGUCUCUGAGAUCUACCUGACGCGUCUGCUGGCUACCAAGGGGACACUGCAGAAGUUUGUAGACGACCUGUUUGAGACCAUCUUCAGUACGGCCCACCGGGGCAGCGCGCUUCCUCUGGCCAUCAAAUACAUGUUUGACUUCUUAGACGAGCAGGCCGACAGACACAUGAUAUCAGACCCCGACGUCAGACACACGUGGAAGAGCAACUGCUUGCCGUUGAGGUUCUGGGUGAACGUGAUCAAGAACCCUCAGUUUGUGUUCGACAUUCAUAAGAACAGCAUUACAGACGCGUGUCUGUCCGUCGUGGCUCAGACCUUCAUGGACUCCUGCUCCACGUCAGAACACAAGCUGGGCAAAGACUCGCCCUCCAACAAGCUGCUCUACGCUAAAGACAUCCCCAACUACAAGAACUGGGUGGAGAGGUAUUACUCUGAUAUCUCGCGGAUGCCUGCGAUCAGUGAUCAGGACAUGAGCGCGUAUCUGGCCGAACAGUCGCGUCUGCAUUUAAAGCAGUUCAACAGUAUGAGCGCGCUGCACGAAAUCUUCUCCUACAUCACCAAAUACAAGGACGAGAUCCUGUCGGCGCUGGAGAGGGAUGAACAGUCGCGCCGCCAGAAACUGAGGGUUAAACUGGAGCAGGUGAUCGACACGAUGGCUCUUUCCAGCUGAUCGGGACUGGAAGCCUCCGUGUGUGUUUAUACACCAGGACAAAGCCACAACGCUGAAUGUAGGUGGUGUAGAUUUUGCGUUGUUGGACAAAGACGCUCUUUCCUGUUUUGAAGAGACAAUGAGGACGUUUGGGACCUCUGAUGAAGUCAUGUGACCGUGUCACGAGCCAAUGAUCGCGACGGAUCAAAGGACACUCUAAUCUGAUUGCGUGUUUACUAUGUUUAUUAUUUUGUACAAAUGUUAUCGACUCUCCGCUCUCUUUGCCACUUGUGUUUCUGCUGAAUUUUGCACAGUUUACAGAAUCAACGAGCAACUGCCUCCAUCUCAUGCACACAAAGUUGACAUUACACAAAUGAUAAAAAGAAGGAAAAAAAUAACAAAAAAUAUGAAUAAAAAUCUUGUCCUGU